AUGGCAACAUUCAAACUACUCUGUGCCUCCGGGGCAAACCCGGCUACUGUGCUGCCCGCUACGCUGAUUGCAACCUCUGUCAACGAGGCCCGUCCAAACCCUGUCGUUGAAAUCGUUUACGAGACUGUCCCUACUCUACCUAGUGGCGAUGUGGUGGAAUUUACUGGCGCAAGCGGACAGCCUGCCGUAGGUAUCGAGGCUGUCGUCAAGGAGCUUCGUGUUACGUUUCCCUUUCUCACGGGCAAAGACAAGGCCAAGGAAGAAUUAUGGUUGUCUCGGAUAAAUGAAUACACUCCCCUUGACUUCAAAGCGCUAGAAGCUCCUCUGCAGCGUCUGGAUUCUUAUUUGGUUCUUCGCUCGUUCCUCGUCGGUUACACUCUGUCCGCACCUGACAUUGCUAUCUGGGGUGCAAUCCGUGGAAAUCGCGUCGCCGUAGCUGCAGUUCGGAAGGGUACUCUGAUUCAUCUGACUCGAUGGUUCCGAUUCUUGGAAGAGCUCUGCUCAUGGACAGCUGCAGCAGUGGAUGACAUUAAUGCGGCCGCAAAGGCAAAGAAGGCAGCCAGGUCGAAAGCGGGUGCUAGCUACGAUAUUGCCCUCCUCAAUACCGAUAAGGGUGUCAUGACUCGAUUCCCGCCUGAGCCGUCUGGAUAUCUUCAUAUUGGACAUGCGAAGGCGGCAUUGCUAAACGACUACUUUGCGCAUGAGAAGUAUAACGGCACUAUGCUACUGCGUUUUGAUGACACAAACCCCUCGAAGGAAAAAGAAGAAUACCAUGACGCUAUUCUGGAAGACCUGGCAUUGAUGGGCAUCAAACCCGACAAAGUAUCCUAUUCCUCGGAUUAUUUCCAACUGCUGCAUGAUUAUUGUAUCCAGAUGAUCAAGGAUGGUAACGCAUAUGCGGAUGACACGGACAAAGAGACCAUGGCUCAUGAGCGUAUGCACGGAAUUCCUAGCAAGCGCCGUGAUGCUUCUGUUGAAGACAACCUCAAGCAUUUCGAGGAGAUGAAAUCGGGCUCUGAGGAAGGCCAGAAAUGGUGCAUUCGUGCCAAGAUUUCCCCAGAUGAUAAGAACAAGGCCAUGAGAGACCCUGUCAUUUACAGAUGCCAGCAGAUUCCUCACCCUCGAACAGGAACAACCUGGAAGGUUUAUCCCACUUAUGACUUCACUUGCCCCAUUUUAGAUUCCGUCGAAGGAAUUUCUCAUGCGUUGAGAACAAUCGAGUACCGAGACCGAAACCCACAGUAUGAGUGGAUGUUGAAUGCUUUGAAACUUCGCAAUGUGCAAAUCUGGGAUUUCGCUCGCAUGAACUUUGUACGGACCUUGUUGUCGAAGAGAAAGCUCACGAAGUUGGUUGACAGCGGUGCUGUCUGGGGCUGGGAUGACCCUCGUUUCCCAACAAUUAGGGGUAUCAGACGACGAGGGAUGACAAUUCCGGCCCUCAGAGAAUUCAUCCUGAAACAGGGUCCGAGCCGUAAUAUCAUCAACUUGGACUGGACUAUUUUCUGGUCUACCAACAAAAAGCACAUUGAUCCUGUGUCAGCGCGUCAUACCGCUAUCCUCAAAGAAGGUCUGGUCAAAGCCACGGUGAAGGGUGCUCCUGCACCUUACGUGGAAGACAGGCCCAAGCAUAACAAGAACCCCGAAGUGGGUACGAAGAAGGUUGCCUUUAGUGAUUCGAUCAUUCUAGAACAAGAGGAUGCCAAGAGCUUCAAGCAGGAUGAAGAAAUUACUCUCAUGGCUUGGGGUAAUGCUUACGUCCGUAAAAUCGAGAAGUCAGGUGAUGUCGUCACUCAUCUCGAGUUGGAAUUGCAUUUGGAAGGUGAUGUCAAAAAGACGGAUAAAAAGGUGACAUGGCUGUCUACCGAGGCACAACAACUUGUUCCAGUUGAGCUUGUGGGCUUCGACCAUCUACUAACAAAGGACUCCCUACAAGAGGAGGACAACUUUGAGGAUUUCCUGAACCCCAAGACCGAGUGGCGCGAAGACGCCUUAGCUGAUGGCAAUGUCGCGAGCUUGAAGCAGGGCGAAAUCAUCCAAUUCGAGCGAAAGACUUACUACCGCUGUGAUCGACCCUUCGCCGAUGAUGGAAAACCAGCCGUGUUCUUUGAAAUCCCAACCGGUAAGACUGCGAAAUAA